UUAAUAUUAUUAUGGACACUGUGCAAAUGGUCUGACUGCUUUGACUAACUUCUUUCUCCCUUUACAGGAAGCAAAAAUACUGGGGCAGCAGAGAAGCUGCCGCCAUACGAACCCAACAUCCCUGAACCAACCACCAGGGCAGACUUUCUCAAGUACUGGAUGCCGCUGUCUUUGGAUGACAAAACAGCACAGAAACUGCUGUGGAUCUCAGAAAACGGCGCUAAGGUGGCACGCACGUCUGAUGCCGUCUGUCCGUAUCCAAACCGACCGGAGAGAUAUGAACACUCGCCACAGGUGCUGUGCAAGGAGGGCCUCCUUGGAUCGCGUGGCUACUGGGAGGUGGACUACGACGGCUGGGUGGUGAUCGGGGUGGUGGCAGAGAGCGCCCCCCGGAAGGACGGCCCUUGCGGACUGGGAGAAAACACCAGCUCCUGGGGUGUGGGCUGGUCGGGCUCCUGCUACCAAGUGUGGCACAACGGCGAGAACGUGGACGUGGUCCUGCCCAUGUGCCAAACGCUGGGCGUGUACGUGGACCAGCCAGCCGGCUCCGUCAAGUUCCUGGUGGUGGAGGGCGAGGGCGACAAGGAGGUGAGGCUGGUGCACAAGUUCAAGAUCGGCGUUCAGGAGAAGCUCCUGCCCGCCAUGUGGGUCGGCACAAACUCCUUCUGCCUCAUUCGGAAAAAGGAUCAGUGAAUCACUUGGCUGGAAGCUGAAACGAGCUGACAUUUAUGGUGGAACUAGCACUCGAGGAGUCCAAGGUGAAAAUAGCGAGUCUGUGUUCAUGCCCGAUUGUUUUUGUGGGGGGGGGGGGGGGGGGUUGUUUGUCUUUUUUUCCAAAUUAGGCACAGGUGUCUGCAUCUUUGCACGUGUAGUAGAGAGCUUGUUUUGCAUCUUUCAGUGUGCCAAAUAAAGUCAACUUCUGUAUAAUAA